GUCCAACAGACAGAAGGGAAUCGACGAAGCUUCUGCGUGUGCAUCUUUCGGUAACCACCCUUGCGUCUUGAGCGAACCGGAUAGACACGAGGGCGCUGCUGCUGGGAAUGUCGAAUCUGAGGCACACGAACCUAGCAUCAUCGAUGCUCCUGGCCGUCUACAGAGGCUUCGGACCGCUGUUGAAGCCGGGACGGUAAGUGCUGCGGCUGUUGGUUCUCCGGCGCAAGACAUGAAGACAGGCAAUAACCGGAUCGGCCAGAAGAACAUGCAUCCUUCAAAUGCUGGCGGUGGGCCCGUCACUGGCUCAGUCGACGGUGCGGCCAUCAUGCCGUCUUCCGACCCUAGCCCAUCUGCACCUCUGCCGAGAGUUGAAGAGGUGGAUACGCCUCGUGACGAACAUGGAAAUAACUUGAACUACGGCACUGAGACAAUUCUGGC